AGACUAGUGUUAGAAGCCGUUAUAGGAGGACACCUUAGGAUAUUAGCAAUUAUAAAAACUAGUAGAGGUAAGAGUUUAUUCUUUAUAUUACUAGCAGUAAGCUUAAAGGAAGGAGUUACGAUCGUUAUCGUCCCGCUAAACUUACUAAGAGACGAUCUAAUAGACCGAUAUAAAUAA